CUAUUGAAGCACUGCUAAACAACUCUUACAACAGUGUCUAAACCAUAUUUAAUCUGCUUCUUUGUGUUUAUUUUCCUCAGCUACUGACCCAAAUAUGGCCCAGUCAGCAGACAAAAUGUCACUGGAGGUGGUAUCAGCUGUCAGUAAUUCAUCGCUGCUUCAGCCAGGCUUCUCUCUCCUGAAUUUUGAUGGGCACACUUUCCUUUUUGGGCAGAAAGGAUGGCCAAAGAGGUCUUGUCCUACUGGUGUUUUCCUCCUCUAUAUAAAGGAGAAUGAGCUCAAAAUGAAACCUGCCUUCUUCUCUAAUGACUCCUGUUACCUGCCCCCUCUCCGCUACCCUGCCAUUUGCAAGCUCAGAGGCAAUGCAGUGUCUGAUGAGUACCAGUAUAUCAUCCAUGGUGGAAAAACGCCUAACAAUGACCUUUCAAAUAAGAUUUAUGUUAUGAGUCUGAUAAGCAAAAAUAGUAAGAAAACCACAUUUCAAUGUAUUGAGAAAGACCUGGAUGGAGAUGUCCCUGAAGCUAGAUACGGGCAUACAAUUAACAUAGUUCAUAGUCAGGGUAAAAGCAUGAGCGUUAUAUUUGGAGGGAGAUCAUACACCCCUCUUGCACAAAGAACCACUGAAAUAUGGAACAGCGUAGUUGACUGUUUGCCAUCUGUGUUUCUGGUUGAUUUUGAGUUUGGAUGCUGUACAUCAUACAUACUUCCAGAGCUUCAGGAUGGACUUGCUUUCCACGUUUCAGUUGCCAGAAAUGAUACAAUAUACAUUUUGGGAGGUCAUUCACUUCAAAAAAACACCAGGUCCCCCAGGUUGUACAAGCUAAAAGUUGAUCUCCCGCUGGGCAGCCCAGCCGUGACCUGCACCAUCUUGCCAGGAGGGAUAUCUGUAUCGAGUGCUAUAGUGACUCAAACCAGUGAUACUGAAUUUGUCCUUGUUGGGGGAUACCAGUCUGACAACCUGAAACGGUUGCUAUGCAACACCAUUGUUCUGGAAGACAGUAAUAUACAGAUUGUUGAAAGGGAGAGCCCAGACUGGACACCAGAUAUUAAACACUGCAGGAUGUGGUUUGGCAGUGAUAUGGGCAAAGGGUCUGUAUUGUUGGGCAUUCCAGGGGUCAACAAACAGUUAAUUUCAGAUGCAAACUACUUCUACAUUUUGAGAUGCAAAGGAGAAGAGGACAAGGAAGAAGAACUGACAGCACAAAUUUGCAGUCAGACAUCAACUGAAGACCCUAGAGACUCCACUCCAUUUGAAGAUUCUGAAGAGUUUUGUUUGAGUGCUAAAGCCAAUAGAUUUGAUGUUGAUAAUACUGACACUUACAAUGAAGCUGAUGAAGAUGAAUCAGAAACAGGCUACUGGAUCACCUGCUCUGCCAGUUGCAAUAUUGACAGUAACACCUGGGUCCCUUUCUAUUCAACAGAAUUCAACAAGCCUGCUAUGAUCCUGUGUUCCAGCGGGGCUGGCCACUGGGUGCAUGCUCAAUGUAUGGAUCUCUCAGAGACCAUGCUUCUGCAUCUCUCAGAAGCAAAUGUCAAGUACUUCUGCAAUGAGCACACUGACGUUAAUAAAGGGCUACAAACUUCCCAAAAGGUGGUGCCCCUGAAAAAACAACCCAUGAAACCACUUCCCAAAAAGACAACCAUGAAGUUAACAUCACCAGCGAAAAAGUCCUUUCUUCGGAGGUUGUUUUAAUAGAUUUACUCUGCUGGUUUGUAUUCACCUGGAAGGAAAUGAAAUUGCAGAGACAGCUGGUAACGGUUGAAAUAGGACUGGUUAUUUGAUUUCAAUUAUCUCAAUAUUUCAGUUGCGCUUCAAAGCUCAUGAAUUUAUUUCGCCUCUUGUGUGUAUUUUUAUAACAUCCAGAUAGGAACCCCAUCACAGAGAGCAUUGUGCAAACACACAGCCAGAUGCUGGUAACUGUGUUCUGUGUUUCAUGGCACAAAUUACCCCCUCAUUAUCCCCAAUGAGUUUAAUGGAACUGCUGGUAGGAUAAGAUAUUACCCCAUGUAUUGAAUGAUUAUAUGUCAGUUUUGACUACAGAUGUAGAAUAUUAUCUCAUAAUAAAAAUCAAACUUUUUUUAAACCACUGUGCUCAACAACUUCGUGUUUAUAUUUUUAAAAAGCUAGUAAGCUAAUAAAGUUUAUAAUAUAAGUUAUUGCAUUUUUUUCACCUACUCAUGGGGUAAAUCAAGCACUGUAAAUCCCAAAAUCUAUGAAAGGACAGCAUGUGUGCUUAGGAGGUCCAUCUGAAGCUUGGUAAGGGGUCUAGCUUCACAUCCACCCCACGCUAUGAGCUCCUGUUGACUUCAGAAGAAGUUCCUUCUGAUGAACAGGACUUUUAUAAUUUAUUCCAGCUCCUUCCCUAUGCAUUUCUUUCUCUGCUCUCCCAGGGUGACUGUAUAGAGUGUGAAAGCUUAAAAGUGCAAGCUGCAGGUCAGAGCAUUUCACUGAGCCAGUGGACCAUUGUGAGGGUGGGAACAAAUGCAGCUGGGUUCUCAAAGCACAAGAAGACAGGAUUCAGAUUGAAAAGGACAUCAUCAAGGUUGAAUAGCCCAAGAGUUUACUAAGAUUUCUGUGGGUUCUCUUACUGCCUAUUCAUAAAGCCUCAUCACUUUAUUGUUUUUAUUUUUAUUACUGCUCCAAACAUCUUUUCCAAAAAUAUAUACCCUCAGCUCAACGUUUGUGAGCCAACAAUAAUAGCUCAGUAUACACAAUCCAGCUCUCAU